AUGAAGGUGACGGUGAAGUGGAGUGGGAAGGAGUAUGAAGUGGAGGUGGAGGAGGACACCAUGACGGUCAAGGAGUUCAAGGACGCCAUCGAGGGCCUGACAGGAGUGAUGCCACAUAGACAGAAGCUUCUCAACUUGAAGGUCAAAGGGAAAUACCCAGAUGAUGACACCAAGAUGGGAGCAGUUGGCCUUAAACCAGGCACCAAGAUCAUGAUGAUUGGCUCCCUGGAGAGCAGCGUUGCGGAAGCCCAGCGCAUCCCAGAAAACCUGCCGCCAGUCAUCAAUGACCUGGACAUUGAGGAGGAAGAGGUGGCCAUUGAGAAUAGAGCCGAGUACUUGCAGAAGGUUCAAAAGAGGGUCAAGGAGUACAAGGUGAAGCUUCUGAAUGACAUGCGGCCGGGGAAGAAGCUGCUGGUGCUGGACAUUGACUACACACUCUUUGACCAUCGCUCCACCGCAGAGACUGGAGCUGAGCUGAUGAGGCCGUACCUGCAUGAGUUCCUUACUUCAGCUUACAAGAAUUACGACAUAGCAAUCUGGUCAGCCACAAGCAUGAAGUGGAUUGUGGAGAAGAUGAAACUGCUUGGAGUGUCCAGCCAUCCUAAUUACAAGAUUGCCUUCUACCUUGACUCCCUGGCCAUGAUAACUGUCGAAACUCAGAAAUAUGGUGUCAUUGAGGUGAAGCCGCUGGGUGUGGUGUGGGGCAAGUAUAGGCACUACACACAGCAGAACACCAUCAUGUUUGAUGAUCUGCGCCGCAACUUCCUCAUGAAUCCACAGAAUGGCCUCAAGAUCCGAGCUUUCCGUCAGGCUCACGUGAACCGCCUGACGGAUCGGGAGCUGCUGCGUCUGGCUUCCUACCUGGAGGACAUCUCCAAGGUGGAAGACAUCUCAACCCUCAACCACAGCAAAUGGGAGCACUACCGCAAGGAGGGGUACAACUGACCCUGCCCUAGUCUGCUGCACAGGGCUGCAGCUUCCUUGCUCACCCCCCAGCUAAGCCCUGUACUGCUAGUCCGCUGCUGAUUGUGGUCACGUUUGUGUAGAUGCUGCUGUCAUCAUUGCCGCGAAGGCUGGAGGAUCUGUCUGGUUAUUUCCUUGUCAGUUAAAGUGACUGAUCUUCAUUAGAUCGGAUGGUGGUGGUAUUUCCACACUUGUGAAUGAUUUAGAGUAUUAGAGGUGUUAGUCCAGGGUUAUCUGUGUAGGGAGUCUGGGGGGAAGAUUGACUUUAAGGUGCCUUGCUUACAGUCUUUUAGUUGGUGGUGCUCCCCAGAGUCCCUUAAGAGGCUCAAUAAACCAUUUGAUGUGCACUGCUUGGUGGCAACUCGCCUGUGCGCUGCUCAAAAUUACCCAAGGGACAGCUUGCCUGUGGGGGCACAGCAGCUUGUGGCUACAGUCACACUAGUUGCUUCAAGUCAAUAAGCUUAAAAGUUCACCAUUCAUGGCAGACUCCUCACUUCUUAACAAAUAAGCCUGACCCUUUUAUUUUUUGUACAUUUUGUAAAGGCAAUACAGGUUGACCAUCAGUACUUCAGCAUCCUCAAUUCCAGAUGCAUCCACUUGUGGUUUUCCUUGACAUCUUUAAUACACAUGAUAAGCCAGUAUAGUGUGCCUGGCAUGCCAAAGAAAGUUUUUUUAGAUUAGAUUAAUCUGUUACUAGACAAAAUUUAGGUUAAAUAAAUAUCACUAAACAAUAAAUGAGAAACAUGGAAGCCAGACAAACUUGAUGCAUUCUGCUGCUUCUGCCACACUUUACAAAUUUCACACAGUUGUGUGUUUUGUACAUUUGCAUUUUGUGCCACAAUUAUCACAGCAUAUUUAAAGGAUACAAAAUAUAGGCAGAUGAAAAUAUAAUGGAUUGGAUGAUGCCAAAGUACUGAUGGUCAGCGAGCAUCUCAGAACAGACCCAUGGUAGAAUGCCUGAGGAAAGUAAGCUAAGAUUUCUUGCACCUUAAAGGAACAGAUUUAUUGAAAGUGUGAGGUAAGGUUUCGGAGUUUAAGGGCAGUGAGGGCAGCAGGUGUGGUGGUGGUGGUUGCUGGCACAGGUCUGCUGUUUGUCAAUAGGAGUGAUGAUGAUGUUAGGUGUGGGAAGCCAAGAUGUCUGUGUGCAUGUUUGUGCAUGAAUUUAUUUCUUCUGCAGAAUCUAAUAUUGCAUUGAUCAUUCUUAAUGAUUGGUUGAAUGAAUUCCAUCUCUCAGCUUGUCCCAUAGGAGUAAGGAUUAGCAGCCAGUGUCAUUCCUUCCCUCUCAAAGAAUACUCAAGUGUGAUGCUGAUCACCAACUCUUUUACUAAAGAGGAUAUAGAAUUUUUUGUGGUUCUGAGCAUAUUAUGUAUUUUUGUGGUGCUUCCUAUAGCUUCAGUUUGCUGCAGCCUGUUGCCCUGAAGACAUCAAGUCAUCUCUGAUGAACUCAAUCACGGUGGCUGGGCAGGUAGUGAGGAACGUCUGAAUUCCUGCUGUUAUCAGUCUUGUUUGGCAUCAAGUAGCAGCUGCAGUAGCAGGAGCUGCAGCAGCCACUGACACACUAAUACAUACUGGCACAGAAGUUUGUAUAGCAUUGUGUUAUUGGCUGUGUGUCUUGGGAUGGGUCAGGCUGAAGGAGAAUCCUUUUAGGUUCUUUGGACACUGGUAUUUAAUUUAUUAAUUAACUGAUUGAUGAUUGGUCUGUGUCUUGAUGAAAUGUCAGAAUAAAUCAGUUCUUCAGUACAUUUUGGUUAAAUUUAUGAAUUAUUAAGAUCACACAAUUGAGAGAUACAUUAUAAGUUUUUGUGAUGGUGUUAUGCAUGACAUGCAUGCAGUAGUGAGGAAUGAAGUGAAGUGAAAACUCCUUAGCCUUCAGAAUGUAAAGCAGUGUCCUGACUACAUGCAGGAAGGCAGUGGGCAGACGAAGGAAUGAGGCAGCAUGUGAUGGAUUGCCUGGUGGCUGGGUGCUUAGUAAUGGAUGCAACACUUCAUAAUUUGCUCUCACAGUGUGUUUGUUGAUAUGUUUCCAGUGUGUAGCUGGUACAACACUCCUCUAUAUGCAUGAAUCAGCCCAUUAUGUGUACUAAGAAAAGUAUGUAAGUGUUUUCUUUGCAGUAAGGAGAGAGGAGCAUGUUCUCGGAAUGUAUUGCUUUACAAUCACAUUGCAUAUGUACACCCACAAAUUCUCAUUUAUAUCAUUUGUAGUUGCCAUAAAUAGCACCUCAGAUCUGAAAUGUAUUUUCAGAAAUAUUCUUGUAUUCACAAUUCCUUCCUACUAGUUGAUGGAUUUUGAAAGAUGGUUUAGUGUGAGCCUGUCAUUCCUUCACCAUGACUGGGUUCUGAUAGGGCAUCUUGGAGCACACAUGGCCUUGGCAGGAACUGACAAUGCCACGGCUGCCCUGGUGUGUUAGACAAAGCUACCAUACUGACCUUACACCCAAGGUAGCUGUGUUAGGUGUGUCACCAGCCAGAUCUGGAUCAUCUAGACUAAUAUGCACUGCCUCACAUCAUGUUAAGGUUGUAUGUGUUGUGGGAAGCCUUAGGGCAGGUGUGGUGUGUGUUGUGUCAGGGUGUGUAUGAGGUAGUCUAAUGUCUUCCACCUGCCAACUGCAGAGUGCCCUUGGUAAGAAAAAAAAAGUGUGAUAUCUUUUCCCAAGUUUGUGGUGAAUACUCCUCCUCUUAGUGUUUGUACCUCAUGCAGGAGUUUGUCACAAUGAAUCAUCAAAGUGUUUGUGAAUUUCCAACAAUCUGCCUGUCCACUGUUUUGUGCUGAAUUAUGCAUAUUCCAGUUGAAUUUUUAAAUUAAGUAUUAUUCCACUCAUGAUAAAAUAUGUGAAAUAAAAUGUUAGAUAUAACAAUACAUAUUUAUCUUGGUUUUUCCAGUUUGGUCCGAGACAUUUUUGGCAGUGUAAAACUCCAGCAUGUUGGAUUCAUAACCAAAAUGUUGAUAUGUCACUGAUAAGGAAUAAAAUACUAGUAAGUAAUAUUAUCUUCACUCAAAAUGGUGAAUGUCAUUGGUGCCAUUGGUGCAUGAGUAUGUACUCAUUGCAGAUAUAUGUAAGUUAUCAACAGCACUCUAAAUAUCACAUCCCAAUACAAAUUUGAAUUUGUCUGCAGUAUGCAGGUGACCAGAAAGCCCCACACUAGGGGAAGGAUUAGUGAAUGACAAACUAAUGUCACUUGGCCAUGGCCAUCAAUGCAUCAAAAAUAUUUUUUCUCAAACAUUAAAACUCAUGUGAAUUUGAAUUUAAGCAUUUCAGAUUUGUGAAAUGCUUACUUGUUGCACAUCACCAACACUAAGCUGGUGGAGAGAGUGGCUAAGACUCUCCUGCUGUCCUGUGGCCUUGGUGCCCUGCAGGGAUGGCAACUUGGCCUUGGUUUCCUCUCACUGUAACACAAUCCCACUUCACAACAAAUGUUCACCAGGAGUUGCCACUACAAUGUGUAUAAUGUAUGUUGGGAUCAUUGCUCCAUUUCACACACACUAGUACAUUUCUUUUCUGAACCAUUCCAUUGUAUUCUAUUUCUGUAAAUGAAUGAAUCCAUCCAUCCACUUCAUCUGAUUAAAGCUACAGGAAAUUCAA